AUGAAGUAUCUUGCUGCUGUUCUCGGAUGCGCUACUUUGGCUGCUGCUCAUGGAUAUAUCGACAAUGCUACCAUCGGAGGCGAUGAAUAUCAGUUCUAUCAGCCUUACCUCGACCCUUACAUGAACCCUGCGAAGCGCGUUUCCCGUCCCGUCCAAGGCAACGGACCUGUUACUGAUGUCGACCUUCUGGAUAUCCAAUGCGGCGGCUACUCCGAGGGAGGCAUUGUUGGCUCUUCUCCCGCUCCUCUCGAGGCUGCAGCAGAGGCUGGCUCCAACGUUACCCUCCACUGGACUCUCUGGCCCGACAGCCAUUUCGGCCCUACCAUUACUUACAUGGCCGCUUGUCCCGAUGAAGGUUGCGAAAACUUCAUGCCCAACAAAACAGCCGUCUGGUUCAAGAUCGCCGAACAAGGCCGUAGUGCCGACAAGAAGACCUGGGGCACCGAUCCUCUGACCAAACCUGGCAAUGCAGGAUACACUUACACUAUCCCUGAGUGUAUCAAAGCUGGCCACUACCUUGUUCGCCAUGAGCUGGUCGCUUUGCAUGAUGCUGCUCAAUAUCCCGGUCCUCAGUUCUAUCCUGGUUGUCAUCAGAUCAAGGUUAGUGGUGAGGGAACCACUGUGCCUAAGAGUCUUGUUGCGUUCCCUGGUGCGUAUAAGGGGCAGGAUGUCAUCUAUGAUGCGAGCAAGGCGGAGUACACUGUUCCUGGACCUGCGGUCUUCCAGUGUGCUGCUUAG